UUGAUCAAAGAGAACGGAAUUGAUUUAUUGAGCAUGCCGCCGGUGAGGUUGGAAGAGGACGAGGAAGUGAAUUAUGAAGCAGUGACGACGGCAGUGAAGAAAGCCCUUCGAUUGAACCGUGCCAUCCAAGCAAAGGAUGGACAUUGGCCUGCCGAAAAUGCAGGCCCUAUGUUUUUCACUCCUCCACUUCUUAUUGCAAUGUACAUAAGCGGAGCUAUCGAUACACAUUUAACCAAAGAACAUAAGACGGAAAUGAUACGUUAUAUCUACAACCAUCAAAAUGAAGAUGGAGGGUGGGGAUUUUAUAUUGAGGGGCAUAGCACCAUGAUCGGGUCCGCACUGAGCUAUGUAGCCCUACGGUUGCUAGGAGAAGGACCCGAUGAUGGAAAUGGUGCAGUGGACCGAGCUAGGAAUUGGAUACUUGACCAUGGGGGUGCGGCCUCGAUUCCAUCUUGGGGAAAAACUUAUUUAUCGGUGCUCGGGGUAUACGAAUGGGAAGGAUGCAAUCCACUUCCACCGGAAUUUUGGCUUUUCCCUGAAGCUUUACCAUAUCAUCCUGCGAAGAUGUGGUGUUAUUGUCGGACAACGUAUAUGCCCAUGUCAUACUUGUACGGGAGAAAAUUUCAUGGUCCCAUCACUGAUCUUGUUCUGCAACUUCGACAAGAAAUUCAUCCUAUCCCAUAUGACGAGAUAAAUUGGAAUAAACAGCGCCACAACUGUUGCACGGAAGAUCUCUAUUACCCUCAUUCAACAGUCCAAGAUCUGUUGUGGGAUGGUCUUCACUACCUGAGUGAGCCCAUCCUUAAGUAUUGGCCUUUCACCAAGCUAAGAGAAAGAGGUCUCAAAAGAGCGGUUGAACUAAUGCGCUAUGGAGCUGAAGAGAGCAGAUACAUUACCAUUGGAUGUGUUGAAAAGAGCUUGCAAAUGAUGUGUUGGUGGGCAGAGAACCCAAAUGGGAAAGAAUUUAAGCAUCACCUUGCUAGAGUCCCUGAUUACUUGUGGUUAGCAGAAGAUGGGAUGAAGAUGCAGAGUUUUGGGAGCCAAUUAUGGGAUUGCACACUUGCAACUCAGGCAAUAAUCGCUAGUGAUAUGGUCGAAGAGUAUGGGGAUUCGCUUAAAAAAGCCCAUUUUCACAUCAAAGAAUCUCAGGUCAAACAAAAUCCUGCUGGAGAUUUUACUAAAAUGUGUCGGCAGUUUACUAAAGGGUCGUGGACUUUCUCCGACCAAGAUCAAGGUUGGGUUGUCUCAGAUUGUACAGCUGAAGCACUCAAGUGUCUCCUGUUACUAUCCCAAAUGCCAGAGGAAAUUUCAGGAGAAAAAGCUGAUGAUGAGCGAUUAUAUGAGGCUGUUAAUGUCCUUCUUUACUUACAGAGUCCUAUAAGUGGAGGUUUUGCUAUUUGGGAGCCACCCGUCCCACAACCAUAUUUAGAGAUGUUGAAUCCUUCAGAAAUCUUUGCAGACAUUGUUGUCGAAAAAGAGCAUGUUGAGUGCACAGCAUCAAUUAUCCAAGCCCUUCUAGCCUUCAAACGCUUGCACCCUGGGCACAGGGAGAAAGAAAUAGAAAUUUCUGUGGCAAAAGCAGUUCGUUUUCUAGAGGGAAGGCAACGUCAUGAUGGUUCAUGGUAUGGUUAUUGGGGAAUAUGCUUCCUAUAUGGCACAUUCUUCACGCUAGGAGGCUUAGUUUCUGCUGGAAAAACAUAUAACAACAGUGAAGCAGUUGCUAAAGCCGUCAACUUUUUCCUUUCAACACAAAAUGAAGAGGGUGGCUGGGGAGAGAGCAUCAGGUCUUGCCCGAGUGAGGUAUACACACCGUUGGAUGGAAAUCGGACGAAUCUAGUUCAAACAUCAUGGGCUAUGCUUGGUCUUAUGUUAGGUGGACAGGCCGAAAGAGAUCCAACACCUUUGCAUAAAGCAGCAAAGAUAUUGAUUAAUGCACAGAUGGAUAACGGAGAUUUUCCUCAACAGGAGAUCACCGGAGUUUACAUGAAGAAUUGCAUGCUACAUUAUGCAGAAUAUAGGAACAUCUUCCCUCUUUGGGCACUUGGGGAAUAUCGCAAACGAGUUUGGGUCAAAUAAAUCCAUAAACUGAAGUGUCAGAUGAAGUAAAAAAAAUAAAAAAAAUAUGUGCAGAUAAUAAGCUAGCAUCUACGUCCUGUAUAUUAAAAUUGUGUGUAUUUGUUAUUAUUUUAUGUUACUGUAACCAAAAUAAUGCUUAGUA